AUGGUCCUCGCGAAACCAGAGAACAAGCACGUGCUCAAGGCUUUUGACCUCACGGGCAAAGUGGCCGCUAUAACUGGCGGCGCUCGUGGCAUCGGCCUGGAAGUUUGUCGUGCUCUGGCCGAAGCAGGUGCCAAUGUCGCGUUGAUCUACAACUCGUCCAAAACGGCCGACACAACCGCCGCAGAAAUCGCCUCCGCGAACAACGUCAAGGCCGCAGCUUACCAAGCGAACGUCAGCAACAAGGCCGAAAUUGAGAGGACCAUCCAGCAGAUUGCCUCCGACUUUGGAGGACUCGAUAUCAUCGUCGUCAACUCGGGGAUCACCUCGAACGUCGCGGCGGAGGACUACACGGCCGAGCAAUGGAAGGAGAUCAUGCAGGUGAACCUGGACGGCGCGUUCUACACUGCUCAGGCUGCCGCGAAUAUCUUCAAGGCCCAGGGACGCGGCAACGUCAUCUUCACGGCGUCUGUGAGCGCGACGCUGGUGAAUGUUCCGCAGAAGCAAGCUGCGUAUAAUGCCUCGAAAGCGGGGGUUGUGCAGCUGGCCAAAUGCCUGUCUGUCGAAUGGGUGGAUUUCUGCCGGGUGAAUUGCAUCUCCCCUGGUUUCAUCGAGACUGAUAUCCUGGAUAUCCAUCCCAAGGAGUGGAGGGAGAAGUGGUAUAGUAUGGUUCCUGCGCAGCGUUUUGCGGAUACAUACGAGCUGAAAGGGGCGUAUGUGUUUUGUGCCUCGGAUGCGUCGAGUUAUAUGACGGGGGCUAAUAUUGUGAUUGAUGGGGGAUAUACUCUUCCAUGA